AUGUUUGUUUACCUCUUCCCAAACCUCCUCUCCCAAUCGUCCUCUCCAAACUCUCAUCUCAAUCCCCUUUACCCACCCGUCGCUCACCCACCCCUUCCCCUUCCCCCCCCUUCUCCCCAGCUGCUUGCAGCGGUGUGUGUGCUGGCAGUGAUGCUGACAGCCAAGAUUGCCCCAGUGUGUGCGCUGGCAGUGAUGCUGACAGCUAAAGUCGCCGGAAUAAGCUACUCCUCCUUCCACGCCUUCCGCUACCUCAUUGCUGCCAGCCUGUUCGCAGCGGUGUGUGCGCUGGCAGUGAUGCUGACUGCUAAAGUCGCCGGGAUAAGCUACUCGUCUUUCCACGCCUUCCGCUACCUCAUUGCUGCCAGCGUGAUCGCUGGAUUCUGGGCGCUGCUGCUUCUACUCAUCGAUCUUGGACUGCUGGCUGCAGGAAUGACCUCUCACUCCGCCAUCUUCAAGAUUCUCAGGAUCAUCGGAGAUUUCCACCUGCUCACCCUAGCGCUGCCCAUCCUUAGGAGUGAUAUAAAGCAGCGACGACCCUGCCUCGACAUCCCCCCUCUCCACCCCUCCCUGUCCCGCCCCUCCUGCUCCCCUGCCUCCUCCCUCGCCUCCCCCCUCCCUCUCAUGCCCUGA